GCCAUUAAAAGAACUGGCAGAGGCAGGUGUUGGGUUUGACACCUCAGGUUUUAACUGGCUGGGUUGAGCAGUAAAAUAACUGUCCAUGGUGUGUUAGGGAAGAACGAAUUCCAUGGGGAAGAUCCAUUGCAGAGACCAGGGUUUUCUCCUGGUGCCCUGGAGCGGUUUGUCACCAGCACCAGUUGAGCUGGGGGUGUUGUGUAGAGCUCUCAGAGCAGCUCAUAAACCGAUUUGCACUGAAUUCCUGGAGAAAGUGUUGCUUUCCUCUCAUGAAUGCAGACGUGUGGGUGCGUCUCUUUGCCUCUUGCUCUUCUUCUAUUGCUUUUUUAAGCUAGCAAGCCACACGAGCCUGAUGGAUGGGAUGCUCCACGGAGCGUGGGAUCUUCCCCAUCCGGCAGGGAUGUCAUUCUCCUUGCAGAUGGCAUCCUCCAGUGGAAGCCACCCACUGCUGCUCUGCCUCUUGGGCACCUGAACUUUUCCAUUGGAUGGGAAGGAAGCUCAUAGCUGCCUGCUGGGAGUUAAGUGAGCAGUCAGUGAUGGAGGCCUGAAGAAGGAGAAGGUCCCCCAGAAGAAGAUGGUGUGAAGCUGCCCCUUGCAGCGUGCCCAGAACUCAGGGAGGAGCAUGGCAGCAGCUCAGGAAGCAGGAAGCAGUUCAGCUGGGCCAUCCGGACUCCCCGGUUCUGCCCCGGGACAUGGCAGCAACUCCCCAGCGGUGGCAGUGUGGGAAUGGCAGGAUGAGUUUGGCAGGUGGAGGCCGUACAGAGGGAAUGUCUGCAGCUACAUUGAACAGGUUUUUCAGGCCUCGCAGCAGAAGGGCCGGCGCUCGGGAUCAGGGCUUGUCAGCAGCAUCCCUUUGGGACAUGCAGAUCCCGCCUUGGCCCCCUAUGUCAUCGACAUCCCAAGCUUGACACAGUUCCGUCAGGACACAGGGACGAUGCGCGCCGUCCGCAGGCACCUCUUCCCUGGGGACUCUGCUGCCGGACAGGGCAUCGUCUGGGAAUGGCAGAACGACGAAGGCGGGUGGUCCCCCUACGAGAUGAAGGUCUGCGUGCUCCUGGAGGAGGCCCGUGCCAAGAACCACCAGCAGGUAGAUCUCAAAUCCUUGGGCUACAACUACAUCGUUGACGUCGUGGCUCAAGUCCAGACCAACAAGAACACGAGCUUCCGCCGCAGCGUUCAGCGGCGCUUGGACACCCCGUACCCGGUGACAACAUCCCCAGCACCCCUUCACACAGGGGUGGCUUGUUCCUGCCAGCAGUGCUGGCUAAACAGCGGGACUGGUCCCAUCACCACACGCUACCGCCACUCCAUGAUAAACGUUCCAAACUCUUCUACUGCUCAUCAGGGUAGGACAGCAUCCGUAAGCUCUUCCAGCGUCGGCUUCGUGCCCUAUAACAAACCGACUUUGUCUGGAGCAAGGUCAACACCAAGACUCAAUGCACAGAGCACCUGGGCUUUGCCUCAAGCUGGGGGCCCCAGCACGGGACUGUCUGCAUCGAAUGGAGUCAGUGCCCCAGCCCUGCCUGUCAAGAUGCCCAAACCCAGCAAGGUGAACCAGGCCCUGGCAGGCAUGACGGCUAUUCUGAUGUCAGCCGCUGGACUCCCCGUGCACCUCACCUGUGUGCCGCAAGCUGCCAGCACCCAUAAAGCCACUAAAAAACACAGCUCAGUUAAGGAGGGGAGGAAAGUGUCCAAGAAAGGCUGGUGGAGGAGCCUGGCAGCCUCCGUGACGGGCCUGAUGACCGCGACACCAACUGAGCCAGAAGCAGUGGUGAAGAAGUACCUGGAAGAGCUGAAGGGCUCUCCUGCUGAUGAGGACUGCAUCAUCUGCAUGGAGAAGCUGUCCUCCCCAUCAGGUUACGCCGAUGCCUGCGAGUGCAGCACAAUCAAGCCAGAGACUGUUGGUCGCCUGACAAGCUGCCAGCACUCCUUCCACAUGCUCUGCAUGCUGGCAAUGUAUUCCAAUGGGAACAAGGAUGGCAGCUUGCAGUGUCCCUCUUGUAAAACCAUCUAUGGGGAGAAAACUGGUACUCAGCCCAAAGGGAAGAUGGAGGUGUCCACGUUCCCCCAGUCCCUCCCUGGCCACAGGGACUGUGGGACCAUCCAGAUUGUGUAUCACAUCAGCAGAGGCAUUCAGGGCCCUGAGCACCCCAACCCUGGGAUGCCGUACACAGCAAGAGGCUUUCCUCGCUACUGUUACCUGCCAGACAACGAGAAGGGCAGGAAGGUCCUGGAGCUCCUGAGGGUGGCCUGGAAGCGCCGCCUCAUUUUCACAGUGGGCACCUCCAGCACCACGGGCGAGAGCAACACCGUGGUAUGGAAUGAGAUCCACCACAAGACUGAGAUGGACACAAACCUCAGUGGCCACGGCUACCCAGACCCCAACUACCUGGACAACGUGCUGGCAGAGCUGGCUGCACAAGGUGUCACUGAGGACUGCCUGAGACAAUGAACUGGGGGGGGGG